AUGUUAGCCAACGAGAUUCGCAUCUCUCGUGAUAUGGGUCCAGUACGGGAGAACUUGGAGGACCCGGCUUAUUAUGCUUUCCCUUCAUAUUACACAAGAGGUGAUGGAAGCCAAAGAGGCUUCUGCAACUGGCUUUUGCGAGACGUGUUGAUGGUCGGAAGAUACCCCUACUGUGAUCCCAUGGGUGACUUCCCAAGCAAGCUGGAUGGACGGCGACAUUUGAAGAAGAUGCUCGACGCGGGCAUAACAGCUUUCGUGUGCAUGCAAGCUGAGAUCCCAUCUCCUGCACCAGAAAACUUGAAAGCAUGGCCAUGGGAAGGCGUGUCACUUCCGGAGUUCGACAUGCCUCGGCGGUUCUUGCCUUAUGGUCCGGUUGUGAAAGAGGAGGCCGCAUCUAUGGGCCUGGAGAUUCCUCGAUUCCUGCACUGCCCGGUGCCAGACAUGCGUGUGCCGAAGGAGGAACAGCUGAUGAGGCUUCUUCGGGACUGCCUGAUCGAGCUGCAGGGCGGAGGGCGUCUUUACGUUCACUGUUGGGGCGGUCUCGGCCGCGCAGCAGUGACAAGCGCCUGCCUGCUUGCCUUGCUGAGGCCAGAGCUUGGUCCCAACGAGGUGCUGCUUUGCACCCAGGCAGGCUACGAUUCGCGCAUCGGUGGCGCCAACUAUGCUUCGCCUCAGACCAUGGCCCAGCGGAGCAAAGUGCACGAUUUCACUCGCGCGCUUGUUCUCUUGAGAGGGAAGGAGUCCUGA